UGCCACGCAGUUGCUGAUUUUCGAUUCGACCAACAUGGGAACUAGAGCCGUCGCUGUGGGGGCGGCACCAGGAGCAGCGGGGGUAUCUGGCGAGGCAGGUUUAGCCGGCGUACCCAGACUUCUGGAGGACCUGGCUCGACUUUCCGAGGACAAAGACACAGCUGACAUUGUCUUUCUGCUAGGAAGGGACGAGACACCGGUGUACGCUCACAGAAUUAUCCUCCAAGCGAGAUGCAAGAACUUCACAGCCGCGAAGAGGAUCGGGACACCUGGAAAUCCAACGUCAGUGCGUAUGCUACAUGCUCAUCCGGAGACUUUUCGACAGUUCAUUCACUAUAUAUACACAGGCAAGAUUAUGCUUCAGGACAGUGGCAUCUUCGAGAUGUUGGGACUUGCUCAAGAACUAGGAGUCGAGGAACUAUGGAGAAGUUGCGAGGAACACGUCUCCGCUACGCUUAGCCCAGGAAACGCGUGUGCUCUUUUGACUGCCGCUCUGGAUGCCCAGGAGCGUGUUCCCGGUGGUAAAGGAGCUUGUUCCUCCUUCAUCGAAAGAUGUUUCGCUUUCAUCGGAGAAAAUGCUGUAGACACAGUGAAAACAACGGCGUUUUGUAAUCUUCCAAAGGAUGCACUGGUGAAACUUAUAUCUUCGGACUAUCUAGGGUUGGAGGAAGAAGAUGUUUGGAGAGCUGUACUGAACUGGGCAAAAUAUCAGGCAGGGGUGACGCAGCCUACUCAACACUGGACAGAGGAGGAACGUGUGAGGGUUUGCCAACAUUUAUCAGGAGUGAUAAAUCACGUUCGCCUGCUGCUAAUCGACAGCCAGGUCUUUGCGGAGGAAGUAGAGCCAACAGGAGCAGUGCCUAUAGAGCUUUCCUUGGAGAGGUACGAAUUUUUCAAUCCCGAUCGAUCAAGUGGCUCAAAACCCAUAAGAUAUAGGUAUGCAGCCCUACCAAACAAGUACGCGGAAAUCUGUACAGAUAAGAGGUUACAACCAAGAGUAAGUCCAUUCCUAUUUCCUGGGUCGCAAAUUCUGUCGCGAGAUAAGGUGGGUUUCCAGCGUCUCCUCAAUCAGUGGUAUGGAUCACCGAAGCAAAGUUGGCGAUUGGUAUAUCGUGCCUCCAAUCAUGAUUACUCUGCAACAGCGUUCCACCGACAUUGUGACGGGGUUUGUCCAACAUACGUAAUUGCGUUGGGAACUCGAGGAGAAAUUUGUGGUGGCUUUAGCGACGCACCAUGGGGUAAAACGAAUGCUAAAGGGCACUACAUCUCUUCAGAAAAAGCUUUCUUAUUUACUCUGACCAAUAACCAAGAUGUUCCUCCAACGAAAUACGACAUUGUAAAGAAGCCUUUUGCAAUUUGUUAUCAUCCGGACAUCGGACCAAUUUUCGGAGCAGGAGCUGAUUUACUAAUUUCUAGUAACUGCAACGUGAACAAGGAAAGCUAUAGUAAUCUUCCCCAUAGCUACGAUGGAGAACACGCCUCUAACACUGUACUUAUGGGAGACUACCAUUUUUUUGUAGUAGAUUACGAAGUCUUCACCCUCAGCCACCCAGCUCCCAAAUCUACUCAUUAACAAUAUAAAUAUUUUUCAUUCCAUGAGCUUGUACAUAUAUGGUUGCAUACUUUUUUUUAAGAAUAGUAAAUUUAGGUAACACCGUUAGUAAGUUGUUCAAUUCAUAAAUGAGUAAAUUUUGAAUAUGAACAGGGUAUAAUUUUACGAAAAUAAAAAUGUAACUUUUUACGCUAUUCAAAAUAAAGAAUGAAUUAAACUUACUUUCGGUUUUUUCAGU